UUUUAUUGCACGCCACACUCUAAUCAUGCGUCGAAUAGAUAGUAAUUUGAUCGCACGAUGUCAGGUUCGCUAUUUGCCGAGUACAAAACAGUGCGGUAUUCGCCGGACCCAAGACGUUAAUAGUUACAACUGUUUUGUUGAUAACUCAGCGAGAAAGAUUACUAUAUAAUAUUUAUUAUGAUUUAUGACGAAACUUUAUUUUACUGUUACUAAAGCCAAGUGAGCAACAUGUGCUUUCUAGAUAUAUUAAAUCAAAAUGCUAUGUAGUACUUGAUCUACAGUACUUUUUUGUAUUAAUUCUAUAUAAAAGAUUAACUGUGUCGUUGAAUUUUUAAAAUAUAUUUAAAAAAAAUGGAUUCUAUUCAAGCAACAGUUUUAAACGGACACUUGCCAAAUGGACACGAAAAAAUGGAAAAAGCAGUCACAAGCAAUAAUGUGAGCUCAGAUCUAAAUGGUUGUGAUACUGGAGCAAUAUUUAUCAUGGAAGAUGAAGAACAUCAAGCUGCUAUUCUAAACUCGCUUAAUAUGAUGAGAAAAAGUCGUACUUUUUGUGAUGUAAUAUUAAAUGUGGGAAAUUCUGAAUUACAUGGUCAUCGUGCAGUAUUGGCUAGUUCAAGUCGAUAUUUGAUGGAGUUGUUUAGUGCAGAUGAUGAAGAAAAGAAACAUUCUCAGCGAGAAGCAAUUACUACCUACACAUUGAAUGCCACUGGUCCACUCAAUGAUAGAACUGCUGUCGAGAAGCUCAUCGAAUACACCUACACAUCUCGGUUAGAAGCAAAUUUGUGUCAAGUAAAAUCUAUAUUUCUAACUGCCUGCUAUUUAAAAAUGGAUCGUGUUGCAAAAGAAUUAAGUCGUUUUAUGCUGAAACAUUUGAGUGUAGAUAAUUGUAUAGAGAUUCGCUCUUUACCUUGUAUAUCAACUAGCAUAUCUUUCAUAGCCCAAGUUAAUACAUUUAUCUCAGCACAUAUGAAAGAAGUAGCUGAAACAUCAGCUUUUCUUUCAUUACCAUGUGUAAGAAUUGAAAUAUUAAGCCAAACAAAACAAGAAAUGUCUCUCAGUACGGGUGAUUCUGUAUCUGAAUUAGUUCUUGACUGGAUCAAACGUUGUUAUGAUGAAAAUGAGCAUUUAACGUUUUUCAAUGUUUUAAUGGAAAAAACUUAUAUGUUAUACUUGGCAUUAGAUAACAUAUUACAAGAUUGUUCUGAAUUACCUUCUGGAGAUUUAAGUGAUACAGAAAUUGUUCAAGAUUAUAAAAAGUUGUCAAAAAAAUCUACAUCUAUACCUAAGACUAGACGUAAAGGCCAAAUUCAGCCAGCAAAAUCUAGAGUAUUGAUUUGCAACCGUGAAAUACAUGAAAGAAGGGAUAGCGUUGUAGAAAGUGACUGGACUAUUAUAGGCGUAACUUGUGUUGGAGAACAUACAUUUUCUGCUUUGGCAUCCCUUAAAGGUCAAUUAUGUUCAUUAAGCAUCAAGUUAAAGUUGAAUGUGUCUACACUAUCAAGUCCACCAUCAACUCAGCCAUCUCCAUUAAAUAGUCGAGCAGAAUCUCAAGAAUCAUUACCAGAUCUUUAUUGUGCAUUAGCACAUAUGACUUCAGGCAAAUGUGCUGUUGGUUGUGCAAACUUUAACAAUAAUUUAUUAGUGUGUGGUGGUUAUGAUCGAACAGAAUGUAUUAAAAAUGUUGAAUCUUAUGAUCCAGAGCUAAAUAUUUGGGAAACCUUUGAACCAAUGUGUGAAGCACGAGGACGUUUUGAUGUAGCAGUACUAAAUAAUAAAGUUUAUGCAAUAGGUGGAUGUAAUGGAACUACUGAACUAGCUACUGUUGAAUGUUAUGAUAUAAUUAAAAAAAAAUGGAUACCCGUAACAUCAUUACCACUUGCUCGGUCCAAUACAGGUGUUUGUGAAUUGAAUGGUAAAAUUUAUUGUAUUGGUGGGUGGAAUGGUCAAGUUGGAAUAAAACAGUGUGAUGUAUAUGAUCCUGAUACUAACCAAUGGACAAGUAUUGCUCCUUUACAAACAGGAAGAAAUCAAGCUGGCGUUUGCGCUAUGAAUGAUAAAGUGUAUGUAGUUGGUGGAUGUGAUACGUGGAAUUGUUUAAAUACUGUAGAAUGUUAUGACCCAAAAACAAAUUCAUGGUCUUUUAUUAAGCCAAUCAUAACACCAAGACGAGGUUGUGGGCUUGCCCAUAUUAAAGGGAAAUUAUAUGUUGUGGGUGGUUCUGAUGGAACACAGUCCUUAACAACUACAGAAAUAUAUGACCCAGAAGAGCGAAUUUGGAGUCCAGGACCAAAUAUGACUACUCCUAGAGCCAAUGUUGGGGUAGCAGUUAUUGGAAAUAGAUUAUAUGCUGUAGGAGGUUUUUCUGGUAAAAAAUUUUUGAACAGUAUUGAAUUCUUGGAUUUAUCCAUGGAUGAAUGGACUCAGUUUAGUCCUAGAAAUAAUAAUUGUUCUUUGUCAUCAUCACCAUUAUCUCCCAAUAAUGAGCCCAUCUAUGAUUAUAAUAAUUGUGAUACUUUAAAUGGUUUAAAUAAUACUAUUGUAGGUUAAAAAAAACUAAAUCAUGCUUUUUCUUAUCAAACUAUGUUUUUUUAUUUAAGAUAUUUUCUAAAUUUUUGUGAUACUUUUUCUUUUUCAAGUUAACAUUACAUUUUCACCAAUGUUCAAUAAUUACACCUAUAUAUAU